GGGUAGUACCCACCCCCGGAAGCAAAUUAGUGGUUCAGAAAGGUACUACCGUACCAAGCGUUCAGCCUUCAGGAUCCUGGAGAGACUGAAGGAUACUAAACUAGAGGAUCUGACGGAGGAGCAGUCAGACUCCAAAGCGUGGGCUGAAGCCUUCAUAGCCGAACACCGGGAGAAGGCUAAAAUGGACUCUGCGCAAGGUAAGCGCAAAAGGUCGAGUGAGGGGACAUCGGCAGAAGCCAAAAGAUCCAAGGUGUCCGCCACUCAAACAACUAAUGCUCUCAAAAAAUCUUUUGCGGAAGUAGCGAAAGAAAGUCAUAUAAGGGCGGUGAUUGAUCGCAGUUCCCAUGACGGUGCGAUCACGCAAGCAAACUGGGAUCUGAUAAGCAGGAGUCUGUGGAAAGUCUAUAGGGACAUCCUGCAAGAAAAUCCAGGACCCCCACCCAGCUGCUCAGACGCGGGUUGGUUCCAAUCACGCGUCAAAUUAACCAGGUGCGCUGAUCAACGAUCGGUCGAUCUGUACACUCUGGCAAUUAAACGCAUAGGGGAGCCUUGGCCAGGGGCCCGUCUCGACGUGGUCCUCCGUGAAGACAUCCCCAAUCGGCCAAGAUCAAGAGCCUGGAUACCACAGUUCCACACCGACCCAGAGGAAGUGUUGGAACUGCUCAAACUAGGCAACCCCGAGCUACCUACCAGCGAUUGGAAAGUAGCAAAGAUUGGCGAAGUGGAUGGCAAGAGGAGACUAGCGGUGAUCAUCCUAAAUGAGGAAUCACUGGAUCCACUCGCUAACCUGAAAUGGAAGGUGAACUACGGCUUCCAAUCACUGACACUCCAUGUCUACAGACAGGAUGUAGCCAGUAAAGGCAGCUCCGCAGUUAACUUGACGUCAUCCGCGGAGGAGACGACGGUUGCGUUAGACAACCUAACGGACGACGAGGUGGCAUCCAAUUCCGGUAUGGUAGGCGAACUCUUCCGAAGGGUUACCCUAGAGGAUAUGGGGGAAUAUUCCGAUCUCUCAGACGCUCUGGAGGACGAGGAAUAUAUUCCCACUUCCUCUGACGAGGAGAUCGCUGACCAAACCGUGGUUGGCUGUCAUCUAACAACGCACACCAACGAUGGUGGGGGUUGUACAGAUCAACCUCCACCACAGUAAGGCGGCCUCAGCCGCACUCAUCCUCCGUCUCGCUGAAAGAGAAGAGGAAAUCGCUCUCAUCCAAGAACCAUGGGUCAUAAAAGAUCGGGUUUGCGGGUUGAGUAACAAAGAUUUUAAACUGGUCUAUGUCACCGACAAAGCGAUGCGGACAACGCAGUAAUAUCAGUGGAGUCCUGCGGAAGGACAAUAUGGCUUGCCUCGUCCUAUAUGGCACAUGACGCGGUACAACCACCACCAUCUCCACUCCUAAGAGGUGCAACAGAGGAAGCCGCGAGACGUGGCAUACCACUAAUCCU